CUGUACGGCCCCGCGGCCGGCCCAGCAGUCGCGGGUCGGGAGAGGUGCUGACAGGGCGGGGCCACCGCGCGGCGCUGCCGGCCUCACCCCUCCCGUCCCGGACAGGUGGCUGGAGCGCGCCCCGCCUCCGCCAGCUGCGGGUGGGAGCGAGCGAGGGCCAGUCCCGGACGGCCGCCGCCAGCUGCGAGCGGGAGCGAGCGAGGGCCAGUCCGGGACGGCCGGGCGAGGAGUCCGGCGGCGGCAAACGAGUAUCGUGGCGGCCAAAAAAAUGCUCCUGUACCGAGGGGCCCCCGCGGGCCCUGGCGCGCCGGGCAGCGCGCUGGCCCGGCCGGGCGGCGGCCCGCAGGCCUUUGGGAUCCGCCUGAGUACGAUGAGCCCCCGCUACCUACAGAGCAACUCCAGCAGCCACACGCGACCCUUCAGUGCCAUCGCGGAGCUGCUAGAUAAUGCUGUAGAUCCAGAUGUAUCCGCCAGGACGGUCUUCAUAGAUGUUGAGGAGGUCAAGAAUAAAUCUUGUUUGACCUUUACUGAUGAUGGAUGUGGGAUGACACCUCAUAAACUACACCGCAUGCUCAGCUUUGGCUUUACAGACAAAGUAAUAAAGAAGAGCCAGUGUCCCAUCGGGGUCUUUGGUAAUGGUUUCAAGUCAGGCUCCAUGCGACUAGGAAAGGACACUCUCGUCUUCACCAAGAAUGGGGGUACUCUCACUGUUGGACUCCUAUCACAGACCUAUCUGGAAUGUGUCCAGGCCCAAGCAGUUAUUGUACCAAUUGUUCCAUUCAACCAGCAAAACAAAAAAAUGAUUAUUACUGAGGAUUCCUUGCCCAGCCUAGAAGCCAUCUUGAACUAUUCAAUUUUCAACAGUGAAAAUGACCUGCUGUCCCAGUUUGAUGCCAUCCCAGGCAAAAAAGGCACUCGUGUUCUCAUUUGGAACAUCCGCAGAAAUAAAGAUGGAAAGUCUGAGUUGGACUUUGAUACAGAUCAGUAUGAUAUCCUGGUAUCAGACUUUGGCACAGAAGAAAAAGAGACUGGUGGCAUUACCUCUGAGCUGCCAGAAACAGAGUAUUCUUUACGGGCAUUUUGUGGCAUUCUAUAUAUGAAGCCACGAAUGAAAAUUUUUCUGCGUCAAAAGAAGGUGACUACCCAGAUGAUUGCCAAGAGCCUGGCCAAUGUAGGAUAUGAUAUAUAUAAACCUACCUUCACAAAUAAGCAGGUGAAAAUAACUUUUGGGUUCUCUUGCAAGAAUAAUAACCAGUUUGGAGUAAUGAUGUAUCAUAACAACCGCCUCAUAAAGUCUUUUGAGAAGGUGGGAUGCCAGGUGAAGCCAACUCAUGGAGAAGGUGUGGGAGUAAUUGGAGUCAUUGAGUGCAAUUUCUUAAAACCUGCCUACAACAAACAAGACUUUGAGUACACCAAGGAGUACCGGUUGACAAUAAAUGCCCUUGCCCAGAAGCUCAAUGCUUAUUGGAAGGAAAAGACCUCCCAAGAGAAUUUUGAGACCUCAGCCAUAGUCAGGCCAAUACCGAAGAUUCCUGACCAGACAUGGGUACAGUGUGAUGAGUGUCUUAAAUGGAGGAAGCUUCCUGGCAAGGUUGAUCCAUCUACAUUACCUGCAAGAUGGUUUUGUUACUAUAAUUCCCAUCCAAAGUACAGGAGGUGCUCUGUUCCAGAGGAACAAGAACUCAUUGAUGAAGACCUGUACUUGAGCAAAGCUAAGAAACAAGAUCAAACUGUUGAGAAGAAGAAGGUACCAGUGGAAAGUGAGAGCCACCAGGUAUUCACUAAUCCACUCAAGAUCCCUUCUAUUCAAGAUAUGGACGACUUGAAUAAUAAGACGAUUGAAUAUGAGGGAAUUGAUAGCCCUAGCCGGCUUUCAUCUGUUGGAGAAGAAAGCAGAACACCUUCUCUUCAACUUAAGCCUCUGGAUUCCAGUGUUUUUCAGUUUUCCAGUAAGUACAAAUGGAUCCUAGGUGAGGAACCUGUGGAGAAACGAAGAAGGCUCCAGAAUGAGAUGACAACACCUCCUCUAGAUUAUUCCAUGCCUGGCCCUUACAGGAGGGUAGAGGCAGCAGUUGCCUACCCAGAAGGGGAGAACAGCCAUGAUAAAUCGAGUUCUGAGAGAAGCACACCACCAUACCUUUCCCCAGAAUACCCCGAAGCAAUGAAGAAUACCAGUCAGAGUAGGGAGGUCUCAGUUCUGUAUGCAGGGGCCCAAGACCAGCACCAGGGCUCCCUGCUCCCUGAAGAAUUAGAAGAUCAGAUGCCAAGAUUGGUGGCAGAAGAAUCUAACAGAGGCAGCACACACCUAAACAAGGAGGAAGUAAGCAAGGGACCUUUUGUAGCUGUUGUCGGUGUUGCAAAAGGUGUUAGAGAUUCAGGAGCUCCCAUUCAGCUGAUCCCUUUUAACAGAGAGGAGCUUGCUGAGAGGAGGAAAGCAGUUGAAUCCUGGAACCCGGUGCCUUACUCUUCUGUGGCCUCUGCUGCAACUCCUGCUGCAGCUGUUGUGGAGAAAGGAAGAGGCUCUGAGGAGAGCGGAGGUCGUCAUACACCAAAGAUGAAGAACCAAAGAGAGCUAGAGGAACUGAAGAGAACCACAGAAAAGUUGGAACGUGUUUUGGCAGAAAGGAAUAUGUUCCAGCAAAAGGUGGAGGAGCUGGAACAGGAGAGGAAUCACUGGCAUUCUGAAUUCAAGAAAGUCCAACAUGAAUUGGUGACCUAUAGUACCCAGGAGACAGAAGGCUUGUACUGGAGCAAGAAACACAUGGGCUAUCGCCAAGCUGAGUUCCAGAUUCUGAAAGCUGAGCUGGAAAGAACCAAAGAGGAAAAGCAGGAACUAAAAGAGAAACUGAAGGAGACAGAGACACACCUGGAAGUUCUGCAGAAGGCUCAGGUCUCCUACCGGACCCCAGAGGGAGAUGACCUAGAAAGGGCUUUGGCAAAGCUUACGCGGCUGCGUAUCCACGUCAGCUAUCUCCUUACCUCUGUCCUCCCUCACUUGGAGCUUCGUGAGAUCGGGUUUGACUCAGAACAAGUGGAUGGGAUCCUGUAUACGGUGCUGGAGGCAAAUCACAUACUGGAUUGAGCACCAGAUACUCUAUAUCCCCUUUUCUACCCUAUUCUUUCCUCCCUCCCUCUCAACACCUCUCUCUCUCUCUCUCUCUCUCUCUCUCUCUCUCUCUCUCUCUCUCUCACUCUCUCUCUCUCUCACCCUUAUGCCUUACGUGGAGAAUCUUUGAGUAAAUCCUGGCUCUUAAUCAGUCUGCUUCUUAUUCAGUCUUGGUGUGGAGAAAGAGGCUAGUUAAAUAGGCUUUCAAGAGUUCCAGGAAUGGAAAAGCAGUAGUCACCAAACCAGGUGACCGGAAAGCUUUAACUUUCAUGACUCAGAUACUUGGCCAAUUUCAUAUCCUUUCUGAAAUGAUUUGUAUUCAUUUAGGUUAAAUCAGUCAGCAGAUAUUGGGUCCAAUGUACCAGGUGUUUGGGUUCAAGUGAAGAAGUAUAACUCAUGGUUUCAGCCUUCAAGGAUCUAACAAUCUAGCUGGAAACACAAGACAUACACCAGGUUAACUGACUUGUACAGUGAGUGGUACAAACAUGAAAGAGAAGUUCUGGGGGAGGAAGGUCAAGGAAGGCAUCACAUCAGAAGUGGGAGCUAAACUAAGGUUUGUUUAAAGAAUGGGCAUAACAGCACAGUUAACAACGGUUGUUCUUUACAUGGUAGGACUAUGGUUGAUAUUUUUUUUCUUCUUCCUAUCUUCCUGCCUUUCCAAAUUUUCUAUAAUAAACCUGUUAUUCUUCUUACAUUGGAAAAAUAAAUCGUUUUUUUAAAAAAAUGA